GUUCAACCCACUGGCAGUUUUUUGACGAGACUACCGCGGUGCGUGCGUAUACGCCAGAUACGCAAUGGCAGGCAGAGAGCUUUCACGGAGCAUGUGGAGGGCAUUCGACGCCCUUGGAAGCCGUCCGCUACCCCAAUGCCAGCGGGCGAUUCGACCAGCUCAACGGAGCCUCCACCCUCAGAUACGGCGAUGCAUCUCGACAACAGCUGCAAGGCACGCAGAGGUUACAGAAGACGAGGUACGGGAACCAUUCAAGGCAGCGCCUGAAUUCGACUUCGAUGGAAUCAAGGGCAGCGGUGAAGAAGGAGAAAAGAAAAAUAUAUUACGAACGCUGCGUGUUGUGCCUGCAUCGCCAUCUUACUUCAGCGCGAAGCCCACAUUCACCGACGACUUUCUCUCGCUAUCUGCUCUUCUCCGCAAGGUCGCCACUCUCCCUACUAUACCACCUGCAGAGGCCCCAAAGGUGGCGUGGAAGACAAUUGAGCAAUAUCGCAUCAUGACCAACGAGCCAGUAAAAACGGCGCGAUAUCACCGGAUGCUGCAGAUUCUGAGGAGGUUGAACUGCAUUCACCCCUCGCUCAUGCCGGAGGAGGUUUUGCAAGCUAUGCAGCGGUACAAAAAGCCAGUCCAGCCUGGAGACAUCAAGCCGAAGCCUGGUGUCAUUGACGAGCUUGGACGUGCCAAAGGCGUCGGGCGGAGGAAGACAUCAUCUGCGGUUGCAUGGCUUGUGGAGGGUGAAGGUGAGGUACUGGUCAAUGGCAAAUCCCUCUCUCAAUUCUUUGGACGGCUACACCAUCGAGAGAGCGCGGUGUGGGCGCUCAAGGCUACCCAGCGCCUGGACAAGUACAACGUAUUUGCACUAGUACAAGGUGGCGGUCUGACUGGCCAGGCGGAGGCAAUGACUCUGGCAGUAGCAAAAUCAUUGUUGGUCCAUGAGCCCGCAUUAAAGCCAGCACUUCGGAGAGCUGGUACCAUAACGCGCGACCCAAGGAAGGUGGAGAGGAAGAAGCCGGGUCAUGUCAAAGCACGCAAGAUGCCUACCUGGGUCAAGCGAUAAAGAAUAUAUUUCAUACACACCGUCUAUGUGUCACUGAGUGCGGACUUGGUAGCAUUGUCGAAUAUAUCAGUCUCGAGCA